AUGAAUCCGCACCCCAUCGACUCUUCGGCAUGGCCGCCGUUGCCACAUUCUGUCGACAAUUCGGGAUUAGAAAGCAUAGUUCCCACAGCAGAGUCAGAUCCUUGGCUGCCAGAGGACUCAGUCUUUGACCCCAAUGCUCUCAAUGAUUUCUUUCUCCAUCCCUCAGAACCCAGUGAUCUACAGUGGCCACAGUGGAUCAACCAUGAGUCACCAACAUCAGAUCGGCCACUUGAGCCUCAAAAUAAGAAUGAACUACAGUGUUCGGGUGGAAUAACCGACGAUGUUUCACCUCUGGCAGCAGAUUGGACCGUGCAGCCUCUACCGCAACCAAAUCUGAACAAUGUCUCACAGUGGCUGGAUGGAGCGUACCGUCCUGCCAUCUCAUGCAGUCAUUGUCGCAGACAUCGACUACAAUGUCUAAUCAUUCGGACAACAGAGGCCAAUCCAAACCCCAAAACAUCAUGCUCAAGCUGUGUUGCUUUGUUCCGAGAAUGCAGUCUUGCCAAAGGCGAGAAACGCUUCCCAGCGGGCUUCGAGACCAUGACACCAGUUCUGGGACACCUACACGGCGUCCCAGAAGAUGAAAACAUGCUUUCGGUCGUCGGCCUGGACAGAACAGACGUCGAAGACCGAAAAGAACCAAAGCAAUUUAUCCGCAAGGGAGCCCGCGUCCUCCGAGAAUGGUUCUACCAAAACCAGGAACAUCCCUACCCAACCGACGCGCAAAAGAACCGACUGUCCACCGAAACAGGGUUCUCCCAAAAACGAAUAUCAACCUGGUUUGCAAACGCUCGUCGUCGCCAGAAGCAGAAGAUCCAGUCGUCGGGGUUAGACUCGAGGUCUCGUACCCGCGCAGGCUCUCCAAUGAUAACCAGCACGGUCCCUGCCAUGACACCCAUGGAAAGAUGGCAAGCAUCGCCACCAGAAGAAGAACCAGUUCCCGCAGCAGCGAUUCAGAACGCCAUUGCUUCUGGUUCCAGUUCGAUGGAUUCAGAUGGCACAAUCGACCCUUUCAAACUCGACAGCUCUGCCAUGGAUUUCCUCGAUUUCGACGAAAGCUCUUCACAUCUCGCAUCUUCCGUCUCAAGCAUUGGCAGUAGGGCUUCCGAGACAUCUGACAGCGCCUCUUCAGCCUGGAGUUACCAUUCCUCUGGUGAUACAGGAUUGCCGUUCCCACUCCUGCCGAAACAAAGCAACGCCCGACGGAGGGGCCGGUCCCGAGCGGGAUCAGUGAAUCCAAACCAGGUGUACCAAUGCACGUUCUGCACACAGUCCUUCAAGAAGAAGCAUGACUGGACUCGCCAUGAGAAAAGCGUUCACCUCACUCUUGAUUCUUGGAUCUGCACACCAAACCUCACCGAGCUGCAAGUAUCCUUCGGCGUGAACCCCUCUGAAUGUCCAUUCUGUGACGUCCUUUAUCCCAUGCCUGCUCAUAUGGAAGAACAUGAAUUCCACGUCUGUGCCGACAAGCCCAUUACUGAGCGGUCAUUCAGUCGGAAGGAUUAUCUGUGGCAACAUCUUCGCAAGUUCCACGGUUGUACAAAACCACUGGUCUCUGGCCUCGAUGCUUGGCGCGGGUCAGGCGGUAAUGUCGAGAGCAGCUGUGGAUUCUGUGGGUGUCGGCUCUCGAGCUGGGCAGCGAGGGUUGAUCAUUUGGCGGAUCAUUUCAAAAAUGGGUUCCGCAUGUAUCAGUGGGAAGGGGAUUGGGGAUUGGACUCUGAGGCUAUGGGCGUUUUACGGAAUGCAAUGCUGCCCUCUGGCCGUGCGCUGGAAUCGCCUGCUUAG